AGAAUGUGUAAAUCAGUAUAUCGCAAAUGUGUUUCACCGAUUUACGGAAACGAAACACAGCAUAAAAAGACGUUGUCCAAUUUUCAUUUUACACAUGAAUAAUUAAUUGCACUUCAUGCACGGACCGUUUUCUUUCUUUCUUUCUUUCUUUCUUUCUUUCUUUCUUUCUUUCUUUCUUUCUUUCUUUCUUUCUUUCUUUGCUGCUUUAGUGUACCGCUGUUUUUUGUGUCUAGUGAUGAUCAAUAACGUUUACUAAAAAAAAGUGUUUUGCAGGAAGUGAACAUUGCGUCAUUUCUGGAUAGACGCGCAGCUAGCAGGCAGCUAAGGCUAAACAUCAAAGAGCGAUGGCGCUCAGCGCCAUGGAUACCACUUAAAUAAAUUACGGACGGUGCUGUUGGCGUACGCUCGUGUGUCAUUAACCGUGAAUUGUGCAAGUAAAAUACCAGUGUGUCGUUAUGGCGACAGGGAGUGGAGGUAGCGGCGGCGGCUUGGCGUCGAACCAUAACGGCCAGGAGGCAGCGUCAAAUUCGGCUCAGUGUGGAGCAGUAGCCGCUCUUUCCAACGUACCGGCCUGCGGUCCUGCAUCACCUGGCUCCCCGCCUUUGCUCGGCCUUCACCGCGAGCCCAUGUACAACUGGCAGGCGACGAAGAGCUCCCUGAAGGAGCGCUUCGCCUUUCUUUUCAACAACGAGCUGCUCAGCGACGUCAGGUUCAUAGUGGGCAAGGGCAGACAGUCCCAGAGGAUACCGGCACAUAAAUUUGUCCUGGCUGCGGGCAGUGCCGUUUUUGAUGCCAUGUUCAACGGAGGGAUGGCGACCACGUCUGCGGAGAUCGAGCUGCCCGACGUGGAGCCCGCAGCCUUUCUCUCACUGCUUAGGUUCUUGUAUUCUGACGAGGUCCACAUUGGUCCAGAGACCGUAAUGACAACACUAUAUACAGCAAAGAAGUAUGCAGUCCCUGCUCUUGAGGGUCACUGUGUGGAAUUCCUCACUAAACACCUCCGGGCUGACAAUGCAUUUAUGCUGCUAACUCAGGCAAGAUUAUUUGAUGAGCCUCAACUUGCCAGUCUCUGCUUAGACACUAUAGACAAAAGCACUGCAGAUGCAAUAAACGCCGAAGGAUUUACAGAUAUUGACCUUGACACUUUAUGUGCAGUGCUAGAAAGAGACACACUCAGCAUCAGGGAGAACCGUCUGUUUGGGGCAGUGGUUCGUUGGGCAGAGGCAGAGUGUUACAGACAACAGUUUCCCCCGACCUCAGAGAAUAAACAGAAGGUUUUGGGGAAAGCCCUUCAGCUUAUCCGUUUCCCACUCAUGACUGUAGAGGAGUUUGCGGCAGGGCCUGCCCAGUCUGGAAUAUUGUUCGAUCGGGAGGUGGUAAAUCUGUUUUUACACUUUACAGUAAACCCCAAACCACGGGUCGACUACAUUGACAGGCCCCGCUGCUGCCUCAGGGGAGAGGAGUGCAGCAUUAAUAGAUUCCAGCAGGUUGAGAGUCGAUGGGGCUACAGUGGUACCAGUGACAGAAUCAGAUUCAAUGUUAACAGAAGAAUAUCUAUAGUGGGUUUUGGCUUGUAUGGCUCAAUACAUGGACCCACUGAUUAUCAGGUUAACAUACAGAUCAUAGAGAGUGACAAGCGCAUUACACUAGGGCAGAACGACACUGGUUUUAGUUGUGAUGGCACAGCAAACACAUUCAGAGUGAUGUUCAAAGAGCCUGUGGAAAUCCUACCUAAUGUCAGCUACACUGCAUGUGCCACAUUAAAGGGCCCAGACUCACAUUACGGCACAAAGGGGUUGAAGAAAUUGGCCCAGGAAUCAACAAUGGGGACCAAGACAACAUUUUUCUUUUUUAGUUCACCUGGAAAUAACAAUGGUACAUCAGUAGAAGAUGGGCAGAUACCAGAGAUCAUCUACUACACUUAGAAGUAACACUGUGCUGUGCGUGUUCACUGAACCAGGGAGACCUCAGACUGCUGGGGAGACUGGAUUGCUGGAGAUAUACAUAGUGCCUCAUAAUCCCUUGGAAUAAUGAAUGUGUGCGUGCGUGUUGUAUGGGUGAAUAGACAUGAACAGGAAUGUGGAGUUUUUAAACAAACCCUUAGUGGGCAUGAACUGUAUAAUCACUUGUAAAUUAUCUUAAUACUGACAUCCUGCCUGUGUUUAAUAUCUGCAAGCUGUCAGGUUUAUCCUGCACAAGUGAAACAACGACAGCUACCAUUUAUGGAUUGAUGCCAUUCAUUUUGUUGUGUGUGUUCUUUCAGUUUUGCUGAUCUAUGUCUGAAACGUAUAAUAUUUACAUAUUUUAUUGUGUUUCAUUUAUUCAGCAGUGUCUUCAAGUAUUUUAUUUUAUUUUUGCAUUGUAACUGUAACUUUGCCAGUGGUACUUGCUGUAAUUUAUGACUCUAGGUUUGUGUAGCACUUCAUUAAAAUGUAACAAUAUAUGUAAAUGUAUGAAAAACUAUGUUGGAUAGGGGUUGGAUUUAGGCUGUGUUCACUCAUCUCUCAUUUUCUGUCACUAGGUGAUGCCAGAUACUCAAUCAGCUACAGUGUGUAGCUUCUCAGCUAAGCUUUGGAGAAAGCGGUUUCUAGAUUGAAGACUAAACACGAGGAGAUCAAAGAUUACAAUGAGGGCAAGGAAGCAGCUGUGGCAGUGUUGGAAGAACUAUUCCCUUUAUUAAAAUUCCUCAUAAAA